AUGCGAGAUCGUGUGCGCCUACCGAAUAAACUUUCACAAACCCAACAACAUCGGGUCGCUGCUGGGAUUCUCGAAGCGCGUACUGGAACCGCGAAAAUGGCACCGGUCGGACGCAUAAUAACCGUGAACAUCGUCCGCGUGGAGUGCAACUUGACGGCGGGCGCGUACAGCAACGGGAACAGCGUGCACACGAUACACGAAUUUUCGCCGCAGGUUCCACCGGGAUAUAAGGUGUCGGAGAGGCCGACGCAGAUCAUUUACCUUCCGAUCGUCGCACGGAGCGUUACGGAUCUAACGAUACGCGUCGUCGAUCAGAACGGACGGCCGAUCGAUUUUCGCGGUGAGAUCACCGUCAGAUUGCACCAGCAGGAUCUGUACACGCUGCCGUACGAGAGUUUUCUGUACGUCGAGGGACGUUUGACGAAGACCGCGGAGGUAGAGAACGCCGACGUCGCGCUGGAAAAGAAUUGCGUCGCGUUCAUGUUCGACGAGAUUCGCUACGAACUCGACGGCGUGGAGAUCGAUCGCAACAGAAACGUGGGCGUAACCAGCACGAUCAAGAACUACGUGACGGUGAUGUCCGACAGGAGCGUGAUUCUGCGAAACGCCGGCUGGGACGCGCAGACCACCGCUGACGGAUACUUUAAUUUCUGCGUACCGCUCAACGUACUGCUAGGAUUCUGCGAGGAUUACAGACGCGUGGUGAUCAACGCUCGUCACGAGUUGAUUCUGAUACGGGCGCGCAACGACGAGAAUUGCUUGGUGGGAAAUUCGGCGGUGGUGCCGAAACUCGAACUGUUCAAGAUGCAAUGGCGAAUGCCGCACGUGGUGCUGAGCGACGUAAACAAGCUGUCGUGGGAUCUGUACGAGUACCCGCUGUUGCAGGCCACGACCAAGCACUCAUGUCCGAGUCAAUUCGACGACUGUAAAUUGACCAACGUGAAACUCUACCUGAACUCGGAAUGUUAUCCGUACGACGACUUAAAUCUGGAUUUCGCUAAAAACAAAUGGGCGAUUCUGUACAACAUCUACGCGCGUUUCUGCAAGGGCUACUACGGAUACGAGUAUCUCGAACCGAAUCUCACGGUUUCGUCCUUCAAACGUAAGGGCCCGUUCGUGAUCGUCGAUUGCUCUCGACAGAACGAAUCGGUCAAGAGCGCUACCGCGGACGAGCGAAUGGACUUUAAACUCAAAGAGAACGCGCCCGCUAAUACCACCGCGUACUGCCUCAUCAUACACGAUCGCGUGGUCGAGUACAACCCGCUGACCAGCGUUGUGCGCAGGAUCACCUAA